AUGAGUGGGACCUGUAUCCAUGAGCCCCGUGCCCCUUCCCCCUCCCUGUCAGGCUUCAGUACCCCAGUUUCAGAACCCCCCUACCGAAGACUUGAUGGUGACACUCCCGCCUGCACCCCGGAAACGGAUCUGACCCCGACGCAGUGUGUCCUCCGAAACGUGUUGUCCAUUGACACCAGUGGGCCGGGGGCACCGGGAGGCACCAGUCCCACUCCCAGUGAUGGACCUUCAACCCACUUUGAGAACAGCGUGCUAAAACUACACGAACAUGACACCUGCCAGUGCGGCAGCGGCGCCGAGGCGGGCCACAGUCCGGAGGCCGGUGCUGUCCGGAGCCAUUCGGAGAACAUUCGGCUCCAGUCAGGUAGUGGAGGGUUUUUGGAGGGUCUGUUUGGCUGCCUGAAACCUGUUUGGACCAUGAUUGGAAAGGCCUACUCCACUGAACACAAGCAUAGCCAUGAAGAGUGCUGGGAGGUUCCGUUCGAGGAGAUCUCAGACCUGCAGUGGGUGGGUAGCGGCGCGCAAGGCGCCGUCUUCCUCGGCAAGUUCCACGGAGACGACGUGGCUGUAAAGAAAGUGCGAGACAUCAAGGAGACUGAAAUCAAACACCUCCGCAAACUGAAACACCCCAACAUCAUUACCUUCAAGGGCGUGUGCACCCAGGCUCCUUGUUAUUGUAUUUUGAUGGAAUAUUGUGCCCAAGGGCAACUGUAUGAGGUACUGAGGGCCGGUCGUAAGAUCACCCCCUCGCUCCUGGUUGACUGGUCCAUGGGCAUCGCAGGAGGCAUGAACUACCUACACCUUCAUAAGAUCAUACACCGAGACCUCAAGUCCCCCAAUAUGCUGAUCACACACGAUGACCUUGUAAAGAUUUCGGACUUUGGAACCUCAAAGGAGCUCAGCGACAAGAGCACAAAGAUGUCGUUUGCAGGCACCGUAGCUUGGAUGGCUCCUGAGGUCAUUCGGAAUGAGCCAGUGUCAGAAAAAGUGGACAUCUGGUCGUUCGGAGUGGUGCUGUGGGAGAUGCUCACCGGUGAGAUCCCAUACAAAGAUGUGGAUUCAUCCGCCAUUAUCUGGGGUGUCGGGAACAACAGCCUGCAGCUGCCCAUACCGGAGAGCUGCCCCGACGGCUUCAAGAUCCUCCUCAGACAAUGCUGGAACUGCAAACCCAAGAAUCGGCCCUCUUUCCGUCAGAUCCUUCUCCAUCUGGACAUAGCGUCAGCUGAUGUUCUGUCCACUCCUCAGGAGACGUACUUCAAGUCCCAGGCUGAAUGGCGAGAGGAGGUGAAACAGCACUUUGAGAAGAUUAAAUCUGAGGGUACUUGUCUGCACCGACUCGACGAGGAGCUGAUCAACAGACGCAGAGAAGAGCUCAGACAUGCCUUAGACAUCCGCGAACACUAUGAGAGGAAACUGGAGAGGGCCAACAACCUUUACAUGGAGCUCAGCGCCGUCAUGCUGCAGCUGGAGCUCAAAGAAAAAGAGCUGCAGAGGAGGGAGCAGUCCUUGGAUAAGAAGUACCCAGGUUUUUUUAAGCACCACAGCUCCAGGCAGAGCAGCUCUUCGAACAGCAUGGACAAGCUCAUCAAGAAGAGAAAUGUGCCACAGAAACUGCCCUCAGGAAAGCGGCCAGACAUCCUUAAGUCUGAGGUAAUCAUUCCCAAAAUGGAUUCGUCCGUAAUGCAAGUCACUAUCCCAACCUGCCCCGCCAGAAGCGCCACUUCUCCCGGUCGGUCUCGAAGGGUAAAAACCCGCCACCGUAAGCCUGGAAAAGGCAGCAGCGGAGAUCUGGCAGCCCUUAAAGCCAAUCAAUCGUCUCCCAAUAGAGAGACGGUGGCCCAAGUUAACAACUCGGCCGCUUAUACCCCCAAGCAGCUCUUGGAGCCCUCUGCAGCCCUGCGGGGCCUCAACCAUGAGCAGCAGCAAAAGCAGAUAUCCUCCUCCAGCCCCGACCUCAUCUGCACCAUGCUGGAGGUGAGCAGCCAGGGAAAAGAGGAUCCACCCGCCAGUGGACUGGAAAGAGUGGGAAGCCUCAGCGCCGCGGCAGGAUUAGGGGAAACAGAGGCGGGGGUCGCCGGUCUGGAGGAUCUCACAGAAACUCCCCCACGCAGCGAUACGCCGAGCGAGGAUGCGGCGUCGUUCCCGUUCUCUAGCAGCCCCGACUCGCCUUGCGGGAGGGGGGCGGCAGCAGGGCGUGGCUCUCUUGGAUCUCCCCGCCUGCCACUUGAUGGGGGGGAAGAUAAAGAGGAUGGAGCAGGUGCUGUGAGGUUGCCCCGGGGGGCUUCAGGGGGGAUUGGGAGUCAGCACCUCACACCUUCAGCCAUUCUGUACAGGGCAGCUAUUACACGAAAACAGAGGCGUGGGGUGUCAUCAGAAGAAGAGGAGGGGGAAGUUGACAGUGAGGUUGAGUUGCCACGGAGACGACGGCCGACGAGCAUCACCAAGUGUCAGUCGGUGUCAACCUUCAGCUCGGAGAACCUGUCGGUUUCGGACGGCGAGGAGGGCCACACUACAGACCACUCCCACAGCGGCACCCCUGAUGUAGUCAGCACCAACACGGAUGACAGGUUGGACUACCGCAGCGACGACCUCCUCUCUCAGGGCUCAGAGAUCCCAGCAGACAACACGGACCCCGUGCAGGCUUCCGAAGGCCUGUCAGAGAGAGACGGAAUGCUGGGUCAGGCCAAAGCAAAGCUGGAAGGCGAGCGGAAUCCAAAUGAGGGUCGGGUCCUGUGCGACGAUUCAGACUGCGACAGCGCUGAAUUGGACCAGUCGGGCAGCGGAGAGCCAAGCCGACCUCCCAGCGCUGGCGCGUGGGUCCCGCCCAACCAAGCCCACCAAGGGUCACCGCAGGCAUCUCACACAGGACCCCAAUAG